AUGGCUUUUCGCGGGAAAUCCGUGCUUGACCUGGAGGCGCAGCAGAACCCUUCCCUGCACAGGCCGCUAACGCAUCUGCAGCGGAUCUGCAUCUCCCAGCAUUCCCUGUGUCUGGAGAGCGUAGGCGUCCGGACGCUCCACAAGGCCGCGUGCGUGUGCAGGGCUGGAGGUUCUGAGGGACGCACACGUGUAACCGCGCGGAUCUCCAUUCAUUCCUGUCUCGUCUCAUCUCUCCUCCUCUCUCCCCGCAGUGCCGACCGGAUCCAGCAGCUGAGGCGGGAGUUCCAUCAGGCCCGGCGGGAGGCGGCCGCGCCCGCCUACGAGGACCUGGAGGCCCGCCGCCGCGCCGGCCCCGAGUACGACCCCAGCCGGAUGGCAGUGAGGGGGCAAGAUGGCCGGUUGGCACCGCGGUACGAGGACGUGGAGCGACAGUACGCCUCCCUGCCCAGACGGGGGCCGAUGGAUCCAAACGACUACCCCAUGCAGCCCUGGGGGGGUCACCGAGAGCCUGCCCACUACCCCGCCCCCCAGGGGGGCUACCCCAGCUACCCCGCCCGAGAUAACUACCCACCCCGCGGGGCGGAGCGGCGAGGGGCGGACCCCCGGCAGGGCGACCCCGGGUACUACCCCCCCGCGCCCCAGCAGCGGGGGCCCCUGCGGCAGGACGUGCCCCCCUCCCCCCCGCUCCCGCUGCGGGCGCCGCGCUACGACACCAUGAACCGGGGGGGGUACCGGAACACCAGCCCGGACCGCUACGCGUACGCGGACGGCCGCAACCCGGACCCCCGGCAGACCGCCGCGGUGUAGCCGAAAUCUCGCCCCGCCCCCCCACCCCCCGCUCUUACCCACCCUCCAGUGAGGGCCGCGCCUCCUCGUCCGCGGCUUUCAGUAGCGGGACGGCGUGGGGCGACGCGGCGUGCGUUUCCGUGGCGCGUUGCCGAGCGCGACGUCGACUGCGGGGAAGAGAAGGGGGGGGGGGGGGGGGGAGUGUCU